UGCAACCUAUUUCUGUCGUCCAUUGAAAGGAAAUCGCUGGGCCAUCCCCCCGACGCGCGCCUGUGCUGUGGAGCUCCCCCUUGCUGCGUGCAUCGUGAUCUAGUGGAUGCAGAGUCUUGCAGAGAGAGAACGCAGGGUCACCUUCUGUCACUGCAAGGGGAAAUACUGAAUAAUUGCAUCAUAGGCUGUCGGGUAGUAGUGCACCUCAGCAGCAGCAGCCACAGCAGUAGCAGCAUCUCUGGUGAUCUCCUGCAGGGGACCGACUGCUGUCUCUAAGGUUUAUGGAAACCUGACCUCCCAUUGGUGGAGAAGUGCAUGAGGAACCCAGCUCCGCUGCAGAGGACAGGUUUAGUCUUUAGAGUGCUUUGCCACAUCCAGGAAAAUGUCUGGCUCCUACGAUGAAUGUGCAGGUGCUGACGACACCAUGGACAGCUUCUGGGAGGUGGGGAACUACAAACGUGCUGUCAAGAGAUUUGAUGACGGCCAUCGGCUCUGCAAUGACCUCAUGGGCUGCCUGCAGGAACGUGCCAAGAUAGAAAAAGCUUACGGUGAUCAGCUAACUGCGUGGUCCAAGAGAUGGAGACAGCUCAUCGAGAAAGGCCCACAGUACGGCUCUGUGGAGAGAGCCUGGCUGGCUGUGAUGACGGAGGCAGAGAAGGUGAGUGAGCUGCACCAAGAGGUGAAGAACGGGCUGGUGAAUGAUGACGUAGAGAAGGUGAAGAACUGGCAGAAGGAAGCCUAUCACAAGCAAAUGAUCGGAGGCUUCAAAGAGGCCAAGGAGGCGGAGGAGGGCUUCAAGAAGGCUCAGAAACCGUGGGCCAAAAAGCUCAAGGAGAUGGAGGCAGCUAAGAAAUCAUACCACAUGGCCUGCAAGGAGGAGAAGCUGGCUGCAGCCCGAGAGGCCAACGGCAAGACUGAGGCUUCUGUCACAGCAGACCAGCAGAAGAAACUCCACGAGAAAGUGGACAAAUGCAAACAGGAUGUGCAGAAGGCUAAAGAAAAGUAUGAGAAGUCUCUGGAGGAGCUGAAUAAGUGCACCCCGCAGUACAUGGAGUGCAUGGAGCAGGUGUUUGACCAGUGCCAGCAGCAUGAAGUCAAGAGGCUGACCUUCCUCAAGGAGGCCCUGCUGGACAUCAAACGCCAUCUUAACCUCACCGAGAACCAAAGCUAUGGCGCAAUAUACAGAGAACUGGAGCGCACGAUCCUGGCUGCAAACACACAAGAGGACCUGAAGUGGUUCAGCAACAACCACGGCCCUGGGAUGCAUAUGAACUGGCCUGCCUUUGAGGAAUACAACCCAGACCAGGCCAGUGCUCCUCCAAAGAAGAAGAAACCAGACGGAGCCCCACCCACUCCGAGCACUGACCAUGUGGCUCCACCUGGUGACCGCAGCAGUGUGAGCAGCUACGAAAAAAACCAAGCUUACUCGACCGAGUGGUCCGACGAUGAGCAGCCUGCUACGUACUCCGGCAAUGAAAACGGUGGAAACGGGAAUUCUUUCGAAGAUGAUUCCAGCACUGGGAAAGGGGUCCGCGUCCGCGCUCUCUAUGAUUAUGAAGGCCAGGAACAGGAUGAGCUCACCUUCAAAGCAGGUGACGAGCUGACCAAGACUGAGGACGAAGACGAGCAAGGCUGGUGUAGAGGUCGUUUGGACAACGGCCGAGAGGGACUGUACCCGGCCAAUUAUGUCGAGCCAAUCUAGUCACGUUACUGGACAAGGACACGCCAUUGGAGGCAGCUUGAACUGUCCCGUCCAAUUGCACCGCACAUAGCCAGAGACUUAAGAGCAACACAUCCCUUGCCCAACAGAUGCGCCAAGCAGUCUUGCCUAAAUAAACACUUAGUAACCUAAAAAGACAAUAUAUCAGUAUAAUAUAUUUUAUCCAGCAUUUGUGGUGGGUGGACUUACACAUUUAAAAACAGGAGCAGCCGUUAUUCCAGUAUAUACACACUCAACUAUAACAUCAAGACAGUGCAGGAACACAUUGCUUCUCUGUGUAGCUGUAUUUAACGUAUAAUGCAGCUUAUUUAAACUUGCAGUACACUGCAGUCUGGUUUCUUGUGAAAAUGGGAAGAUAAUAUAAUCAGUUAAACCCAUUCGACAAAGACGAGCUUCUCUAACCUGCAUUGUGUAUAUACGGUGUGAUGCCAUUUUUGUGUAGCAUUUUUAAUGCUGUGUGUGGUCAGUCGUCAUUCUUACAUCUGGAAUGCUGUGUAGUGUUAAAAGUACCACAAACAGUAUCCUCUAUUUUUUUUCUUGUUUUCCUUUCUUUUGUUUGUUUGUUUGUUUUUCUUCUGUGAUUUCGUCCAACCUCUUCUCCAGUGUGUGCAGUGCUAUGUGUUUUUAACUGUUUCUGAACUUGCAUAGCAGCAUGUGCUAUGCAAAAACUUGCAUUCCCUGAAUCCUGCAGCCUCGUUUAGGCUACAACUUGAUGCAACACUUCAACUACAAAUGCAGAGUUCACUUCUUAGCAUCACAUUCUUUUGGACAUGCUUCUGUCUUCAUGAACGGAAGCUUGUUGACGGACUGAUUUUAUGUUUGUUUGUUUCGUUUUUGACAUAUUUCUUUUCUUAGCAUCACAAACCUGUUGACAAUAUCAUCUUCAUGCAAUCCAAGGAAAGGAUAUACAGUUUCUGCAGAAGCUUUCAUUCUUGGUUCAGUAAUUCAAGUCUCAUUUUAACCCACUACUGCUAACAGGAAACACAAGUGAUACAUUCCCUCAGAGCAAAGUCGGAUCAAGUCAUCUUCUGGAGGUUGCCACUGCAGUAUAAGAGGUGGGUUCUGAACAAAGCCUCUGUUUGGGCACUUUUCUUCCAGAGCGAGGGGCCAAUGGAGGCAUGCCAGUGCGUUACUGUGCUACAGACAGUUGUCUGAAGAUCGAAGCCUCUUCAACGAGACAUGAAUGUACUAGUGUUUGGGCUUAAAGGUGGGCAUGUUGUCUAAACAUGGUUGUCUGGCGUCAUUUAAAGCCCUACCUAGCAAAAAGCACUAGUUAUGUGGCCCGUUCCCCUGCUGAGCCAAAGAAUGACCCAAUACCAUCAACUAUCUGUUUUCUCUCCACGCAAUAACUUCACAUAUCACACAUAAAACAGCUUCAGUGGGGAUCAACUUGUAGCUGCCUCCCAGUCCACCCAAACUUCAUUUGUCUACCGCGCAAUGACACAGGGAAUAUAUUUAAAGGGGUAAUUUGCAAAAAUAGAUAAAUCUCAGUUUCAUUUUUUUAUUUUUAUGUGUGUAAGCCAGGGAAUAUCUGUGAAAUAGGUGUUGGGUUGUUCUGAUAUUUAAAAAAAUAAUUUUCAUUAGUCAUGAUUUUAAAUUGUCUAUUCAGAGGAUUAUCAGUCAAAAUGGUGUUGCUUUAUUUAUUUUAAAAACCAUCUGUUUUUGCAAAUUAACUCCUCAUUUAUCACCAGUACUGUGCUGCAUGUAAGAUGACUCUUACACAGUGCAUUACAUGGUUAUUUAAAAAAAAACAAAAAAACUUAUAAGCUCUAUAUAAAUUAUAUUAUAGCAGGAAUUGCAUUUAUCAAGAUUCUUGCUAAGAGUUGCACCUAAAUCUUUGAUUAGACGGGAGAGAUGCGUUUUAUAACAUAGCUGUCCUGAAGUUUUAAAAUUUCACUGGACCAACAGCAGUCAGAUGUGUUUAGCUCUGUGUCUGGAACAGGAUUUGACAGGUUUGGGUCUUACACAUGAGGAGAAACACAUCACCAGCUCACAAGUUGUGUCUUAGAGUAAAGCUGUCCAGCAUAGCAAAAAGGACUCCUGUCAUUAAACUGUUCCACUUCCUCAAUGCACACACACACACACACACACACACACACAUGCACACAUGCACACACACACAUGCACACACAUGCAUUUAACACACAGUAUACACAAAACAUGCAAAUUCAAACACAUAAUUCCACAUUACCAGGUUAAUAUUUUGGGGGAAAACAUCUUCAUCAUCCAGUGUGUAUGAGUUGUGUAAAUGUAACAGAAAAAAAAUGUUUAAAAAAAAUGCAAGUGAUUGACUAUUAAGACAAAAUGUAGUGUUAUACAUGUAAAUGUGAUUCAUUAAAAUAACAGCAAUGGAAAACAUAUUAAGUAAUAGGUACCAUAUCGUAUGAAUUUCAUUGCAAUGGAAUUGUCAGUGUAUCAUAAAAGCGUGACGUUAUCCCACGCUGUCAGAUUUGUAUAUGAUGAUGUAAUUUAAAGAUUAUAUUCUAUUGUAACUGUACAACUGUGUUGAGUUGAAAAUGAGACCUAACCAUGUUGAGGCAGUAAAAAGGUGUACAUGUAAAUGCUUUUUUAUGUUGAUGAUCUCUUCCUUAUGCACACAGGGGACAGCAGCUCAUGUUGUGGAAACCCUAUAUUAGCGGUCUAGAAGAUGUAUGUUCAUAGUUAGUGAUGUACUUUUAUCUCCUAACUGGUGUAGUGCCUGUUCAUCUUGAUGUAACAAGAAGUUCAUUUAAAUAUGCAUAAAGAUGAUUAUGAUCACAGAUAAUAAUGACGAUAGUGAUGAAAAACCUGACUCAAAUUUGUUGUGAUGGUGUCAAUAUUGCGAUAUUGGUUUGAAAGGGGAAACAAGUUUGUUGAAGAAAAAAAAAUGUUAGUGUCUGUGUGUGUUUUUUGCAUGGACUGGAAGUGAUUUAGUGUAUUAUUCCUUGUUUUUGCUUCUAAAGAAGACAACAUUUUGUAAUAUAUUGCUUUAUUGUGAAUAUAAUCCCAAAGAUAGAAAUGUAAAAAGGAUUAUCCAUCAAGGCAGGUUUAAAUAAAAUAUCACUUACUUUGGCA